UGAACUGUCGGGAUAUUCAGUUGAAUCUCCGAACAGAACCCGUGAGAGAUGCAAUACUUAUAUGCGCUUUUCAUAAUAUUAUGCUGUAUCUUUACCGUCAGAUGUACUAGUAUUAUUGAAAAGAAUGAUACUGCCUUAGAGUUACUGAACAAUUGUAAAUGUGUCUUGAAGGAUUAUUGCUAUGAAGGAUAUGUCAACAUUAGAGGAGUAGGCAUUAUAACAUUGAGAAAUGAAUUAACUAAUCAGUCUGCGACUGAAGAGAGUGAAAAAAUCCAAUGUUCCAAUCCUACCUUCAUUUGCUGUAAAGAAUGGAUUGAUGAAUUUGGAAAUAGAGCUGUCAGCACACAUUCCUCGUACCAAAAGGAAGGAAAAACAGGUCACCUCACAAGCGAUAAAGAAACUUUCAAGGUGGAGAAAACUAAACAAAAAUGUGGAAGACCAAAACCUAUCAUAAACAUGAGGAUAUAUGGUUCACAAGAUGAGAUUAGUUCAGCAAUGGACGGUGAAUUUCCGUGGAUGGCAUCCAUCCAUAGGAAAAACCAAUUAGAUGGUGUUUUUCAAUUCAGAUGCGGCGGUUCUCUGAUAAGUGACAGUGUCGUCUUAACUGCAGCCCAUUGUGUAUAUAGUUCCAGAAAGACACCAUCGGAAUUGAGAAUCAUCGCAAAUGCCAAGAAACAAAUAGGAAAAGUUGGCGUCGACAUAUCUGAGGAAAGAGACGUGAAGAAAGUUUUUGUACAUCCUGAAUACUAUUCAGGGGGAGCACACAAUGAUAUAGCUCUCAUUUUCUUGGAAAAGAGCUACAACGAUUCCAAGGACCUCAACAGUAUUUGCCUCCCUAAUAGAAAUUCAACAUAUGACAAAACGAGAUGUAUUGCUGCAGGUUGGGGUGUUGGAAACAAAAGAGAAAGCAAUGGAGAGAACAUUCUAUCAAAAGUUCAGCUGCCUAUUAUUGAUCAUGAAAGUUGCCAAAUCCAACUUCGGAAAACCAAACUGGGUGAAGAUUUUGUGCUUCACGAAUCUUCAAUCUGUGCUGGGGGUGAAAAAGGUAAGGAUACGUGUCAAGGAGAUGGUGGAGGACCUCUCAUUUGCCCGAACGAAGAGGGCUUUUUCCUUCAACUCGGGAUAGUCUCAUGGGGUGUGGAUUGUUCUAAGGAGAACCAGCCUGGGGUAUAUACGAAUGUGGAGAAAUUCGUCGAUUGGAUACAGAAUAGUAUUAUUGUGCAGAAAUAAAGAAUACUUAUUAAUUGGA